AUGAAGAGUCGGAUUACAUGCCUACCUCUAUGCGAAGAGCACUCCGGUUUAGAAGCAGUAAAUAGAAAUAUUAGCAUGUUCACAGAUGGAAGGAUCGGCCCAAUCCGAUUCCAGCUUACUCAACCACUAGCUGAGUGCACAAAGAGUACGCAGUAUUACACAAACCGUAAAGGGGCAGAAGUUAUCACCGCCAGCUUUAACUGCAUUGCCCCUAGGCAGUCGAAAGAGUUGUUUGAUCUUGUUAUCGUUCAGACCGCACCACCAGAAGACGAAAGUCCCGACGACAAGGUGAUAAAGGAGCUGAUUUCCCUCUAUGAAGAAUCGACCUCGUAGUACACAAAGAUGACGGCACUUUCCGUUUUCGUUAAGCAUUACACGAAAUCGCAGCUACAGUAGAUAAUACCAGGCUUAACUAUAUGGCGGAUAGAUCAAACAAGGAAGCACACGGCAGUGGUUGGAGCCGGCGUGACUGAAGAGCGGCAAUCUGUGAUUCGCUACAGGCUCGACAGCCAAAACCUUGAUCACUUCCUGAACGUCAUCAGUUGGCCCAUUAUAUUCAAGAUGUUCCGUACAGCACCAAAAAGCUACAAAUGUCAACUGGUGAGGUGUUACAGAUCCCAAACGUGGUGCGCACUGUGCCAAGCUCCCGUAUGGUUGCACUAUACCAGAACUACUGCUGCGAAAUGGAGUUUGCACCUCUCACAAGAUCAAGCCUUUUCGCUGUGCUUAAAGUAAGUAACCCUGUACAAUCUGCUUGUUUAUUAUACACCUUUUCAUGUGUUUUUUUUUCUCUCACAGUGUUGACAGGUAUGACUAACAUAUGUAGAUUAGCCUUUUCACUAAAAGAUGCCGUAUCGUUCUAAACAAUCUUUCAACAGGUGUGUAUCGCAUCGAAAAAGAAGACCCUCCCAGGCCUGGAUAGCAUGACAAGUGAGGGAUCGUUAGCCUUUGAUACUUUGGAAGCCGCCGUUCAUACUGUCGGCUCACUAGGUUUGUGCAAUUGCUCAAAUUUGUCAUUUGUUAUGAAAGUGACCAAACGUGCAUGGUUGUCAUUAGGUGUGAUUAAUAUUGGUUAUAAUUUAGUAUUGUAUAUGCAGGCAUGUCUACUGAAUGGAUUAACAGCACAGUUAAAAGGCUCCGAUCAGCCAAGGUAUACCUUAAGACCGAUUACAAGCUGCAUGUUACCGAGGAAAGCCCUUGGGCAGAUAACCUCCAGGCUUAUGCGCUGUCUUCUGACGAGAAAGACUUCCACGCCACUUGUACGCACCAGCAUAACACUAUAUGUGAAAGACGCGAGGAUACGAUCGACUGCACCAGGUAACUACUAGUCAGCUAUUCAGCAGCGAUUUCAUAGCCCUACCAGUAACUUGUAUCUUAUAUGCACAGAGUUAGUCAUUUAGUUCGCAUAGAGUUAUUUGUUUGUCUGCAACAAAGCAGAUUUGAAAUGACCGUCGAAAAACUAGGCGCAAUUAAAAAGAAAAACUUGUAACAACUACAACUAGCCAAUUAGGCUUUGAAGCAAGGCACAUAUGGGCUUCACACGUCAGACUGAAUAAGCGCAUUCGAUAAAACAUGCAGAAAGGUUAAGACCGCGACGUGUUUGACUGAGAGACCUAAAGAGCAAGCCCUCGACCAAUAGAUCGUUUUCAGUCACGUGAUCUCAAUUUAUUCGGCCGCCACAUUGGUGCACAUCACUUGCCUUUAAACAUGUGACCAGAAGUUGUGUUUAGGAUAAAAAAUGGAUUUAUGCGCGAUUUUUAGCUGUGGGACCCCAAGUGGUCGUGAUAAAGGAAUUAAUAUGGCAAGAAUACCUUCAAUUACUACUAGUCGACGAGAAAAAGUACGGAUACUUUCCACGACCGGGUCUGUGGUAAACAUUUUAUCUCCGGAAAAGCGGCUAAACUGUGGGAUCGUUACGAUCCAGAUUUGGUUCCGACCCAAAAUCUAGGUCAUCAGAAAUGUGGUUCUGUCGAAAAGCUUCAAGCCGAUCUUGAAGUUGCCGCCAAGCGAGACGAGAGAGCCAGAGGUCGUGAGCUGAAACGUGUUGCAGGAGAACGUGAAAGGCAGCUAUGGGAAGAAAUCGAGUCCAAAAAAACAAAUAAUUGAUGAACCAGGAGUAAAGGUUAUAGACAUUUCCUUCGAUUUCGAAUCAGUACUGAUCACCAAGCUCAGCAAUACAGGCUUUGUUUUGCACUUGCUGAGGUCAAAAUAAAAGUUUUCUAAAUUUCGUGCACAGAAAAUACGGAUAUGGAAUUUGAGGCAAUUGGUAUUUGAAUUUUCAGAAAGACUGCGGUCAGGAGCGGUCAGGAAGAAAUUAUCGACAGCACUUGUCAAUUACCUCUAUAAAGCUGUAUAUAGUAUGAUGUAUUAUUCAAAUCUACAGGAAAAGGAAAUUUUGGACCAUGACAAUAUCGGAUUUGCACAGUUGUUUCAGGCAACUAAAAAUUGUGCUUUUUACCUGCAUUAUAUUAGGUGCGUACACUGGUCCACAUUUUUGACGCCUGCUAUCAAGAUUGGUUCGCGCUUCCGCUCUCCUUUUUAGGGCCGCCGUUAUUAUCGCACGUCAGGGGCUUGUGUUGAAGGACCACAGCUUCAGUGAGGCAAACAGUGGCAAUGAUGUGUGCGACCGAAAGAUCGCACCACUCAAGGCGCACGUUGAUAGAUAUGUCAACGAAGGUAAGAUCGCCACAUUGAUGCGCCACGCAAACAAAUUCGAUAUUGUCUGUCCGUGGUUACAAUUAUCAAUAAAACUGCAAUGGAGUCUAAAAAUCGAAAAUAAAGCAACAGUGGCAACAGGUACAACAUUGCGCCUCGUAGUAUAAAGCCCAUGUCCGAAGAUCCAGCAUGCUUCGCGCACUUCCCAUAUAGGCCACAGCACCUAAAGCUUCAAACAUGUACUUACUCAUGCCUGUGGAUAUUGGUUUGCAGGUCAUGAUGUUACUAAUGCAGCGCAGCUGAAGGAGGCUAUUGACUCGUACGGGGGCUCGACCAAGCAAAACAAAUGUUAACACCCGUAAAGUAGGCGGGCAUAAGUCAGCUAAAUAAUUCCUAGUACGAGUGUGGUAGUAUCAAGGUGUGGCGCGCAUUUCGUGUGGGAGUAGGAUCUCGGAAAAAGGCUAUUCCCAUGGAGUCAACGCAGCAAGUGACAGGUAUAAAGGUUUUGAAGCCUUUUACGCACCAGACACUGCAAAAGGCGCGUUGAAAAGGCAAGCUACUUGGUGGAGAAAUCCACCAUCAGCGAAAGAUGUGAGGGAACGUAACUGCGAAGAAACUGCGAGCGCCUUGUUUUCAUGUCCUACAGAAGGGUGUACUUAA